GGUGUGUCUGUGGUUCCUCGGCCCCACCCUCUGGACCGCAGUCCCACCUGGACAGGUGUGGGCCUGGUGAACGUCCCAGAGGGAGCAUACCUGGAGUUCACCGUGGACAACAUCCCCCACUCAAUGGAGUACGACGUCCUGAUUCGCUACGAGCCGCAGCUGCCUGACCAAUGGGAAGAGGUCCUGAUGACCGUGCUGAGGCCUGGAACAAUCAGAGCGGACAGUCGCUGCGUCAACACCGUUCCCGACGACGACCACCAGACGACCUCGCUGCACCCCGGCUCCCGGCACGUUUCCCUGUCUCGCCCCGUGUGUUUCGAGGCGUCUCUGAACUACACCGUACGUCUCAGUCUGCCGCUCUACAGUCCGCUCAGUGACGUGCAGUCUCCAUACACACUGAUCGACUCGAUCGUGCUGAUGCCUCACUGUAAGAACAUGGAUCUCUUCUCUUCAGAGGGAGGAGACUCCAGCGGGAACAGCGGCUGGGAAACGUUUCAGCGUUAUCGCUGUCUGGAGAACAGUCAGAGCGUCGUCAAGUCUCCGACCACCGACAUCUGCAGCAACUUCAUCUUCAGCAUCUCUGCCAUGCUGCACCAGGGAGCCAAAGAGUGCCGCUGUGACCCUCAGGGCUCUCUGAGCACAGUGUGUGAUCCGAGUGGAGGUCAGUGCCGCUGCAGACCCAACGUCUCAGGGAGGAACUGUGACUCCUGCAGCCCGACCACCUUCCAGUUCGGACCCAGCGGCUGCAGAGUGUGUGAGUGUGACCCUCAGGGCUCUCAGAGUGAGUUCUGUGAUCAGCUGUCAGGUCAGUGUGUGUGUGUGUCUGGAGCGUCUGGGCGUCAGUGCUCUGGGUGUCUCCCGGGGUUCUGGGGCUUCCCCUCCUGUAGACCCUGCUCCUGUAACGGACACAGCGACGCCUGCGAGCCCCUCACCGGCCGCUGCCUCACCUGCAGGGACCACAGCACGGGACACACCUGUGACAGGUGUCUGGAUGGUUACUAUGGCGACCCGGUGUUGGGGUCAGGUGACCACUGCCGGCCAUGCAGGUGUCCCGACGGCCCCGGCAGCCUGCGGCAGUUUGCAGGAAGCUGUUACCGUGGAGACGACUCUCAGCACGCCGUCUGUGUCUGCAACACGGGAUACAAAGGCGCUCGCUGUGACGAGUGCUCCCCUGGUUACUAUGGUAACCCCGGGGAGGCGGGGGGGCAGUGUGCGCCCUGCCGGUGCAACAGCAACAUCGACCUGCUGGACCCCGAGGCCUGCGACCCUCAGAGCGGGCGCUGUCUGCGCUGCAGGUUCCACAGCCAGGGCAACGCCUGCGAGCACUGCAGCCCCGGUUACUACGGCAACGCCCUGCUGCAGGACUGCAGGAAGUGUGUGUGUGACCGGCUGGGCAGCGACCCCUCAAGCUGUGGCUCCUCCUCAGAGUGUGUGUGUGACGCUGUGAGUGGGCGGUGCCCCUGCCUCCCUCUGGUUGCCGGGCAACAGUGCGACCGCUGCGAGGCGGACAGCUGGAACCUGGGCAGCGGGCGCGGCUGUGAGGCCUGCGCUUGCAACCCCCAACACACGUACGGGACGUCCUGCAACGAGGUCAGCGGACAGUGUUCCUGUCGGCCAGGAUUCGGAGGGAGAACCUGCAGCGAGUGCAGAGAGAUGUUCUGGGGAGAACCCGAGGUCACAUGUCACGCGUGCGACUGUGACCCCCGCGGUGUCUCCGAGCCUCAGUGUAACCGGGGCAACGGUCACUGCGUCUGUACUGACGGUGUUUCUGGUCCUCGGUGUGAUGUCUGCGCUCGAGGAUUCUCCGGAACGUUCCCCGACUGCCAGCGCUGCCACCAAUGCUUCUCCGAGUGGGACGAGGUCAUCGGGCAGCUGACCAAUCAGACGCACCGCCUCGUCAACAAGGUGAACGCCAUCAAGGCCAGCGGCGUCACUGGGCCAUACAGGAAGUCCGUCGACAUCCUGGAGAGAAGCAUCAAUGACAUCCAGAACCUUCUGAACCAGAACCCUGCAGAGCAACCUCUGAGCGAAAUACAGGCGCUGCUGCAACAGAACAGCGACCUGAUGGGGGCCCUGAGCCUCAAGUUGAACCACACGGAGCAGAUCCUGCUUCAGGACUCGGAUGCCGAAACUAAACUGGACUCUGUGACGGCAGACGCUCAGAAACUGGAGCGGAACGUUCAGGACCUUCUGGACCAGGUGGAGUUCAUCAAGAACUCUGACAUCAGAGGGGCGACAGACAGCGUCUCGAAGUACUUCCUGCGGUCACAGGAAGCUGAAGCCCGAGCCAACGCCUCCUCCAUCACCGUGGAAACGUCCAGUAAACUACGGCAGCUCACAGAGGACAAACUGAACCAGACCAGAGACGAGUUCCUGAGGAGAAACACUGAGCAGAACCAGAGACUGGACGACCUGGCAGGAGAUCUGCACACUCUGGACCAAUCAGAGCUCAGCCACAAGGUGUGCGGCAGUCCGUCCUCCUGCUCUCCCAUUGGCUGCGGGGCUCUGGGCUGUCUGGACUCUGAGGGGCAGGCUCUCUGUGGAGGAGAGGGGUGUGAAGGUGUCGUGACGAUGGCUGACAGCAUCUGGAAGAAGACCAGAGACUCUGAGCAGGAAAUCAUCAGCACCAUGGAGGAAGUGGCGAAACUCAACAAGAUGGUGUUGGAGGCGAAGGUGAAAGCUGACGAGGCGAAGGUGAGCGCGCAGGACGUUCUGAUGAAGACCAACAGAACCAAACAGAAAGUCCAGCAGAGUAACGAGGAGCUGAGAGGACUCAUCAGACAGAUCAGAGACUUCCUCACACAGGACUCAGCAGACCUGCAGAGCAUCGAGCUGGUGGCCAACGAGGUUCUGGCGAUGCAGAUGCCCACAACGCCGGCUCAGCUGCAGAACCUGACCGAGGAGAUCCGUCAGAAGGUGGGAGAACUGGGAACCGUGGAGAACAUCCUGGAGCAGAGCACCGCCGACAUCCAGAGAGCCGAGGACCUGCUGGAGAGGGCCCGCACCGCCAGCGAGGAAGCAGCUGAUGUUAAAGGUUCUGCAGAGAAGGUUCAGAGAGUUCUGACUGAAGCUCAGCGAGCUCAGAGCGCCGCCAGCAGAGCCAUCACACAGGCCGACGCCCACAUCAGGAGCACCAAUCAGCUGCUGUCCUCCGUGGAGUCGGAGACGGCAGAUGCGGAGCUGAAGCUCACUAACGCCACCCAGAGGCUGCAGAGGCUGGAGCAGGAUGUGACGUUAUUGAAACACACAGCUGUAAAUACCACUGCCAAGUCAGAACGGACCAAUCAGGAUGCAGCGAGCAUCAGAAAGAUUGCAGAGGGUGUUAAGAAGGACCUGGACUCGGAGCUGAAGCAGAGGUACGCUACAGUGGAGCAGCUGAUUGGUCAGAAAGCAGGGGGCGUGGCUGACGCUAAGAAGAGGGCAGAGUCUCUACAGCAGGAAGCCAAGAUGCUGCUGCUGAAGGCCGGAGACAAACUGCAGCUGCUCAAAGAUCUGGAAAAGUCGUACGAAGACAACCAGCGCUCUCUGGACCUGAAAGCAGAGCAGCUGGUGAAGCUGGAGGCCUCUGUCAGGCAGCUGCUGCAGGACAUCAGCCAAAAGACCUCUAUAUACUCCACCUGCCUGUUCUAGAGACCUCCAUCUACUCCACCUGUCUGAUCGGGAGACCUCCAUCUACUCCACCUGUCUGUUCUGGAGACCUCCAUCUACUCCACCUGUUCUAGAGACCUCCAUCUACUCCACCUGUUCUAGAGACCUCCGUCUAUUCCACCUGUUCUAGUGACCUCCAUCUACUCCACCUGUUCUAGAGACCUCCAUCUACUCCACCUGUUCUAGUGACCUCCAUCUACUCCACCUGUUCUAGAGACCUCUGUCUAUUCCACCUGUUCUAGAGACCUCCAUCUACUCCACCUGCCUGUUCUAGAGACCUCCAUCUACUCCACCUGCCUGUUCUAGAGACCUAUAUCUACUCCACCUGCCUAUUCUAGAGACCUCCAUCUACUCCACCUGCCUGUUCUAGAGACCUCCAUCUACUCCACCUGUCUGUUCUAGAGACCUCCAUCCACUCCACCUGCCUGUUCUAGAGACCUAUAUCUACUCCACCUGCCUAUUCUAGAGACCUCCAUCUACUCCACCUGCCUGUUCUAGAGACCUAUAUCUACUCCACCUGCCUAUUCUAGAGACCUCCAUCUACUCCACCUGCCUGUUCUAGAGACCUCCAUCUACUCCACCUGUCUGUUCUAGAUACCUCCAUAUACUCCACCUGUCUGUUCUAGAGACCUCCAUCUACUCCACCUGUCUGUUCAAGAGACCUCCAUCUACUCCACCUGCCUGUUCUAGAGACCUCCAUCUACUCCACCUGCCUGUUCUAGAGACCUCCAUCUACUCCACCUGUCUGUUCUAGAUACCUCCAUAUACUCCACCUGUCUGUUCUAGAGACCUCCAUCUACUCCACCUGUCUGUUAUAGAGACCUCCAUCUACAUCACCUGCCUGUUCUAGAGACCUCCAUCUACUCCACCUGCCUGUUCUAGAGACCUCCAUCUACUCCACCUGUCUGUUCUAGAGACCUCCAUCUACUCCACCUGUCUGUUCUAGAGACCUCCAUCUACUCCACCUGCCUGUUCUAGAGACCUCCAUCUACUCCACCUGUCUGUUCUAGAGACCUCCAUCUACUCCACCUGUCUGUUCUAGAGACCUCCAUCUACUCCACCUGUCAUUAGGUCAUUAAAGGACACAUAUUUUGAUUUUGCACCGUUGCAUUGUGGGUGUUUACAAUGACGGACCAGGAGGACAGAUCUGCAUCUCUAGUUUUCAGACUCAAUAUAGUCCAGUUGUAUUCUUCUUUUUAUAUUCCCUGUUUUCCCAUUUCUAUGAAACCAAAACUUUGAACCAAAUGAAUUUUAAUAAAGUUUUCAGUAAAAU